GCGCUCUGAUCAACCGAGCAUCCACCGCGCCUCCAAAUUGGUUUGUCAUUUCUGACCCCACUCUGUGUGUGUUGACCACGGUCCUCUGCUGCGCCUGUGGACCUGGAGUCAGUAAGAAAAUAAAGGCAACCGAGACAUAAAAAGAGGAGAAGGGAGGGAGGAGGAAGGAAAGGAUACAGACAGACGGAUAGAGAGAGAGAGAGAGAGAGAGAGAGAGAGAGAGAGAGAGAGAGAGAGGCAGAUCCGCCUGUGCCCUCCUCCAGCUCUCUCUCCACUGGACUUGAAUUUGGACGGACUCGCUGCCUCCUCCUGUGUGAGCGCUGAUCUGGAUACUAAGCACGCAGCAGCUUCUGGUUUAUUACACCAUCAGCUUUAUUUGCACCCCUUCUUUCACCUAACGUUUACCCACGACGUUUUUUUUUUUUUUUUUUUUUUCUUUUUUUUCUGCAACAGGAACAUUUAACAUCACCUUCAAACACCAAAACCAAGCACUGAAAUUAUUCUCGACUCUUGGAAGAUAUCGUUUUUUCUAUCCAAAGCCCUGCGUUGGUUCUGGAGGAGACUGUAUAUGAAAAAGGUUAUUCCUGACUCCUCUGCGCCGCUGGAUGUGUGCAUAUGCGCCUUUAUCGCCUCCACUGGUGUUACGGACUAAGACGUCCAGCUGCCACUGAGAUGUGAUUCUCUGGGAUUCCACUCUGACAGAGCAAAGUACACUAUAUCAGGCCUGUAUGGUGUCAAGACCACUGAGCUGUGAGGGAAACAGCUCACCACAAGACCGUCUGGGCUCAGCAGGAAGUACCUCCAUAUUUACUUCCAGGUCAACCUCAGACGUCAUGUGGACCAGAUGCCUGCUCUUCGUCUCAACCUUGUUUGCUCCCAUUACUAUUGCCUACAGCCGUGAACCAGUCCCCAUGGCAGUGGUGCGAAGGGAGCUGUCCUGUGAAUCCUACCCCAUCGAAUUGCGCUGCCCGGGCACAGACGUCAUCAUGAUCGAGAGCGCCAACUACGGCCGCACCGAUGACAAGAUCUGUGACUCAGACCCUGCACAAAUGGAGAACACAAGGUGCUACCUGCCCGAUGCAUACAAGAUAAUGUCACUCAGAUGCAACAAUCGUACGCAGUGUGCAGUGGUGGCUGGACCUGAUGUAUUCCCCGAUCCCUGUCCUGGCACUUACAAAUACCUGGAGGUCCAAUAUGAAUGUGUUCCAUAUAAAGUAGAACAAAAAGUAUUUCUUUGUCCAGGCAUUCUGCGAGGAGUAUACCAAAGCGAACACCUCUUUGAGUCAGAUCAUCAGUCCGGUGCCUGGUGUAAAGAUCCGUUACAGGCCUCAGACAAGAUCUACUACAUGCCCUGGACACCAUAUCGCACAGAUACACUGACAGAGUACUCCUCCAAGGAAGAUUUCAUCGCAGGUCGUCCUACCACCACCUACAAACUCCCACAUCGUGUGGAUGGGACUGGCUUUGUUGUUUACGACGGUGCGCUCUUCUUCAACAAAGAACGCACUCGCAACAUUGUUAAAUUUGACCUACGCACACGUAUUAAAAGCGGUGAGGCUAUUAUUGCCAAUGCUAACUACCAUGAUACCUCACCGUACCGCUGGGGGGGUAAAUCAGACAUCGAUCUGGCGGUAGACGAGAAUGGACUGUGGGUAAUCUAUGCAACAGAGCAAAACAAUGGCCGAAUCGUAGUGAGCCAGCUCAACCCUUACACCCUGCGCAUCGAAGGCUCAUGGGACACCAGCUACGACAAGCGGUCCGCCUCAAACGCCUUCAUGAUCUGCGGAGUCCUGUAUGUGGUCAAAUCCGUCUACGAAGAUGACGACAAUGAAGGGACAGGAAACAAGAUUGAUUACAUGUACAACACUGAUAAGAGCAAGGAGAUGACAGUGAACAUACCGUUCCCUAAUUCCUAUCAGUACAUUGCUGCAGUGGAUUACAACCCAAGGGACAACCUGCUCUACGUGUGGAAUAACUACCACGUGGUCAAGUACUCCCUGGAUUUUGGCAACAAUGACUACCGCCCUCCCAUGAUGCCUCCUAACCGAGGAGGAGGAGCAGGAGGUUCAGUUGGAGGAGGAGGAGGAGGGGGCUCUUCCUCUUCAUCCACUAGUCGCACCACCACCACCCGUUCCCCUCCGUACUACACCACCCCAAGGCCUCUCCUGACCACUUCUCCUGGCCAGCGUUACCGAACCACUACCACUGUCCGCCAGGCUGUCCUGGUCCCCGGCGUUGGCUCAUCCUCCGAUAACAAUCAGAUUCCUGACAUUAACCAGAAAGCUGGAGGACGCUCCCCUCCAAUGGUUGUCCCUCCAGCAGCGCCACAGCCCCCAGCUUUACCUCCACAAGAAUUCUGCUCUCCACGGGUGACAGCUGACAUAUCGUGGCCCAGGACACAGCAAGGCCAGACAGCCAAGCAGCCCUGCCCUGUAGGGACUCUGGGCGUGGCCACGUAUGUGUGUGUGGCGCAUUUGGGCUACUGGGAUCCUCAAGGCCCUGACCUCAGCAACUGCACGUCUCCUUGGGUCAAUCACAUCAUGCAGAAACUCCGUUCGGGUGAGACGGCGGCGAUUGUGGCCAGGGAGCUGGCAGAACAGACCAAAGGGCUUCUUCGACCUGGCGAUGUGCCAUCUACUGUGCGGGCCAUGGCCCAGCUGGUCGAACUACUGGAUGUUCAGCUCAGGAACCUAACCCCUGGCGGCAAGGACAGCGCUGCUCGCAGUCUGACCAAGCUUCAGAAGAGAGAAAGGUCCUGCAGGUUUUUCACACAGGCUAUGGUGGAGACGGUGAAUAAUUUGCUGCAGCCACGAGCCCAGACAGCAUGGAGAGAGCUGCCCACCAGCGAGCAGUUACACUCGGCCACUCUGCUUCUCGACACUGUGGAAACUGGGGCUUUCAUGUUAGCUGACAAUCUACUCAAGACUGACACUGUACAGGAGACCACUGACAACAUCCAGCUGGAGGUGGCCAGGCUGAGCACGGAUGGGAACCUUGCAGAUCUGACAUUCCCUCAGUCAGAACUACAUGGAAAUUCCAUCCAGCUGUCAGCCAGCACUCUCAAGCAACACGGCAGAAAUGGUGAGAUCAGAAUGGCCUUUGUCCUGUACAGAAAUUUGGGUUCCUACCUGUCCACAGAGAACGCCAGCGUAAGACUGAGCAGCGAGGCAGUCUACCCUAAUUACUCUGUUAUCGUCAACUCCCCGGUCAUCACAGCAUCCAUUAACAAGGAGAGCAAUAAGGUUUAUCUGUCCGAGCCUGUGGUAUUCACUGUAAAACACUUGCAGCAUUCGGAAGAGAACUUCAAUCCCAACUGUUCGUUCUGGAGCUACUCCAAACGCACCAUGACGGGAUUUUGGUCGACGCAGGACUGUCGUCUGCUGACCACCAAUCGCACACACACCAGCUGCUCCUGCACACACCUCACCAGCUUUGCAGUGCUCAUGGCCCAUGUGGAGGUCAAGAAAGCAGACAGCAUGCAUGACCUGCUCCUGGAUGUCAUCACGUGGGUUGGGAUCCUGCUCUCUCUGGUUUGUCUGCUCAUCUGCAUCUUCACUUUUUGCUUCUUCCGUGGGCUGCAAAGUGACCGCAACACCAUCCACAAGAACCUCUGCAUCAGCCUCUUCAUUGCUGAGUCACUCUUCCUGGUUGGGAUCAACAGGGCUGAUCAGCCGAUUGCCUGCGCUGUCUUCGCCGCCCUGCUCCAUUUCUUCUUCUUGGCAGCCUUCACCUGGAUGUUCCUGGAAGGAGUGCAGCUCUACAUCAUGCUGGUAGAGGUGUUUGAGAGCGAACACUCCAGGACUAAGUACUUCUACCUGGCAGGAUAUGGGGUGCCCGCUGUCAUAGUGGCCGUCUCAGCUGCAGUGGACUACCGGAGCUACGGAACGGACCGAGUGUGCUGGCUACGAUUGGACACGUAUUUUAUCUGGAGCUUCAUAGGCCCUGCUACACUCAUCAUCAUGUUGAACGUAAUCUUCCUCGGUAUCGCUCUUUAUAAGAUGUUCCAUCAUACGGCCAUUCUCAAACCAGACUCUGGAUGUCUGGAUAAUAUCAAGUCUUGGGUGAUCGGAGCCAUAGCUCUUCUUUGUCUGCUGGGCCUAACCUGGGCUUUUGGCUUGAUGUACAUCAACGAGAGCACCGUCAUCAUGGCUUACCUUUUCACCAUCUUCAACUCUCUGCAGGGCAUGUUCAUCUUCAUCUUCCACUGCAUACUGCAGAAGAAGGUGCGUAAAGAGUACGGUAAAUGUCUGCGUACUCACUGCUGCAGCGGCAAAAGCGUAGAGACUUCUAUCUCGUCCUCCAGUAAGACCACCACCUCUCGGACCCCUGGCCGCUACUCCACAGGCUCACAGGUGAGCUUACCUGCCUGCACACCUGGACGCUACAGCACAGCAGACUCCCAGAGUCGCAUUAGGCGGAUGUGGAAUGACACUGUGAGGAAACAGGAGUCUUCCUUCAUCACUGGAGACAUCAACAGCUCUGCCACACUCAACAGAGGAGCCAUGGCUAAUCAUCUUAUAACUAAUGCUCUCCUUCGUCCCCAUGGUACUAACAAUCCUUAUAACACUCUCCUGGGGGACUCGGCAGUCUAUAACAACCCAGCCGUGGGCAUGUACAACACCCAAGCACCUUACCGAGACACAAAGGGCAUCUUGAACAACGCAAGAGACUCCAGUGUUAUGGAUACACUCCCUCUCAAUGGUAACCAUGCCAACAACUACAGCAUGGCCAGCAGCGAGUACCUGAGUGACUGCGUUCAGAUUCUAGACCGUAGUGGCGGCUAUGGCACUCACAGCAACCAUAAAGAGACGACCCUGGAGAAGAAGAUUUUGAAGGAGCUGACCUCCAACUACAUCCCAUCCUAUCUCAACAAUCAUGAGAGGGCCACCACUGAGCGCAAUCACAACCUGAUGAACAAGCUUGUCAACAGCAGCAUGGCCAAUGGAGGGAGUAUGGCAGGAGGUAGCAGUAGCAGCAGCAGCAGUGGUGUUAGUGGUUGUGUGGGCAGCAGUAAAGAGGACAAUGGCCCUAUGGUGCUGGACAACCCUGCAGCUUUCCCUCACGAGGAGAACCUGGGUUUGGAAAUCAUCCGGGAGGAGUCUAACGUGCCUCUCCUGCCGCCACGGCCCCCUCCACCUGACAGCCACCCUCCACCUCCCCCUCCUCCACACAGCUUCUCCAGGCCACGGCGCAUCCCCCAGGAAACCAGCGAGAGCUUCUUCCCCCUGCUGACAAAUGAGCACACUGAUGAGCACACACAUUCGCCCAACCACAGAGACUCACUUUACACAAGCAUGCCGGUGCUGACGGACCUCCCGGACCCACAGAUGAAUGGUUUAACAGACGGAGAGGAAGACAGUUCAGGAGAGCUGCAGCCCUGUAAGAGUGCCACUGCUCCAGAGUUAGAUGACGUCUAUUAUAAGAGCAUGCCAAACUUGGGCUCCAGGAACCACCUUCAUGAGCUCCAGAGCUACUAUCACAUGGGCCGUGGUGGCAGUGAUGGAUAUAUGGUGUCUGCCAAUAAGGAGGAGUCUGAUUCAUCACCUGAGGAACCUCCUGUAGAUCCUUCUCACCUGGUUACCAGUCUAUAGAGCCAAUCAUGAGACUUCUAUCCCUCCCCAGCCCACUGUCACACUUCCAACCUUCCAAUGAAAUUCAUUCUGUAUUGUUGACUGACUGACAGACUGAGCUGGCCCGCCCCUGGAUUGAACAGUGUGUGACAUUGACUAUGGCACACUCAACCACUCUGACACAGUGGUUGAGAUAUCGCUGGUCAAAUUUAAGCAGGAACUGAAUGUAUUGUCAUAAAUGGUGCAAAGUGAGAGGCCAGUCUGGAAAGACUUCAUUGCAAACAUCAAAAAGGAAUGGAACUUUAAAACUUGGAAGGAAAGGAAGGGGGAGGGAUUCUGUAAUUUUACUCUAUCCAUUACUUUAAUUUGGAAUCUUGGAUUGAUCGUAGCCCUACAAAUUCCCCAAUAUGGACCUCUAGCAGAUCAUAGCAUAUAGUCUCCAGUACCACCACUACAGGGGCAUGGCCCCCAGCCCGCAGCCCCGGGUAAAGGAGCUGUCUGUCUGUUUGUUUAUAUGUCUGUCUCUGUCUCACUUUUAAAGACAUAUACGGGAUGGCGUUUUUCCAACUCUCCAUAGGGUAGAGCAGGUUAACAUAAACUUGCUGUGAAAAAGGCUCCGUCUCACCACCUGCCAAUCAAGUGGAGGAUGUAUAGUAUAUGCCCUCACUACUGAUCAUCCCAAAAACUACUUUCUUGGGCAACUGAACUGUAAACAUAUCACGCUGAUGUUCUGAAUUCUCUCCUGUCCGUAUCUGCUAAACUGGAGUUGUGUCUGGGCUGGUGUAACAUUCCUGCAAGUUGUAGUGACUGCGGCUACUGUGUAUUUCACUGAAAACAAAGACGGAAGAUCAUAUUACAACAGACUGAAUAAAAAAAAAGAAUUGGUUCCGUUUCUUCUCCUUUCUUCUGUAAAAGUUUUCAGUUAUCUGAGGAUUAUGAAGAAAUCACAGACUAUUUCUAUGUAUUGUACAGAAUACAGAUACAAAUACAAAUGUUGCAUAUGACCAAGUCUUUUAUUUUUUAACUUUAAGUUACAAACCUUUUGUCUGUGGAACUGUUCUGAAAUGUCAUGAUAUGUUCUGGUCACAUGUAGACAGAACAAGCAAGGAACAAUCUUUCAUGUCACUCUUUCAUAAAUACAGAGACAAUUAAGCACUCCUUAAUUAAUACGCAUAUACCCGACGCACACUUCAUUCAGGACCUUUUAUAGAAACACCACUGUCACUCACAUUUUGAGAAUCAAUUGUUACUAUAUUCUUUACCACUGUGUAGUUUAAAAAUGAAAAGCUAAAUGAAGUGGCUACGUUGUGAGGUGGACGGUUGCUAUGGAAAUGCUGCGUUUUAGUGUUUGCUGGAAGUGGUUCUCAUCUCAUUUGUUCUUGAAUAAAGCAUUUCCUCUCUUUAAUUUCAAGGAGGAACAUCUGUGAAAAAAGUAGUAGGUCAACAAUGGUAUACAAAGCAUAUCUUCUCUAUUGCCAAAUAUUUUACUAAUUGACAUUACAUUGAUGUGCUGGUUGAGAUAUUGUACAGAACAAAAUGCUGAGAGUAAUAAAUGUCCUUCUUUAAACUAAAAAAAAAGAGAAUUUCCACUCUUUAUAAAAGGGUGGGGCUCACUUGUGAGAUGCCAAGAUUACACUGUAUAUGUGUAGUGAAGAUGUGAAAAACUCUGCACACCGCAGCACUGUCCAAUGUGGAAAGCCAAUGUUUACUUAUUUAGGAGGAAAAAUUAAAAAAGUGUAUGAAGUGUAGCUUGCACAUGUAUCCCACAAGCCCCCUCCAUGUCCCCAAGAGAGAAAUUAUUUAUUUAUCUGUUUAUUGGUUUAAAGACAGCAAAACAAGCUUGGAGGAAUGAAAGCUGGCUUAAGGCAGGAGUAAAUAAAGUGGCACUGGGUUUGUUUUUUGUUUCUUUUUUAAAUUAUUAUGAUCAUGAUUAUUAUUACAAUAUUAUUGCUAAUUAUUUAUUCUUUUUGUAUGGGUUCCAAGUUGAAUGAUCUCAUAACUAAUAUUUGUUGUAACAGUGAAAGUUGUUUGCCAACAAAUAAAUUACUGACAUAGC